UUCUGAUAAGUCUUCUAAAAAAGUCUGAUCUGAUUGGAAUCCCAAUUGGCCUAAAAUUUAUCCAUGGCUUGAAAAAUUCGAAGAUACUAAUGAUACAAUUACAUUGUACUGUACUUGGUGUAGAGAUGCAAGAAAAUCUAAUCAAUUUACUGAAGGACAAUCAACAAACAAAGCUUAUGCAAGGAUUUACUCAACAACUUAGUGUUCAAAAAUUAACAAUUAUUUCAUUAAUGCGAAAUAUAUAUUACCUUUCAAAAAAUAAUCAACCUAUAAACCAAUUUUUUAAUUUAUGUCAAUUAAAUCAUUUACAAACUAUAAACCGAGAACAACUUCAUUUUGAAAUAAAACCUAUUGUAUUAAAAUUGAAUAAUGAAAAUUUUAAUCAAUUUAAUCAAUCUAGAAAUGAAUACACUACUUAUGAAAAUCCAAUUUCUGGAUGCAUAUUUCUUGAAGCAAUAUCAUUUACUAUAGAACAUGAAGUUAUUCAAGAAAUAUUAAAUUCAAAAUAUUGGAGUAUUUUGAUAGAUGAAAGUACUAUAUUUACUAAUAAACAUCUUGCAGUUGUAACAAAGCACUUAUCUGAAAAUAAACCUAUUUUACGUUAUCUUGGAAUAAUUGAAUUAGAGGAUUGUAGUGCUGAAACAAUUACUAUAAAUUUAAAAAGAUUUAUAUUAGCUAAAUUACUUAAUAUUGAAAAUUUGGUUCAUUUUGGAAGUGAUGAUGCAAGUACUAUGCUCAGUCAUCAAAAUGGAGUUGCUGCACGUUUUAAAAAAUAUAAUCCUUUUAUUACUGAGAAUCACUGUAUAGCACAUCAUUUACAUCUUGCAGGUCAAGAUGCUGCUGAAAAAGUAUCAUAUUUUGAAAAAUAUAAAAAGUUAGUAAAAGAAAUUUAUACAUAUUUUAGUAGUUCUUAUAAAAGAUUAUUAACACUAAAAAUGGUACAAAAUACUUUAGAAGAACCUGAAUUAAUGAUAUUAAAUAUUGUAUCUACUCGAUGGCUUUCAUUUUCAAAUGUUAUUUAUAAUUUUUAUCAAAAUUUAGAGUCAAUUAAAGGAGCAUUAUUAGAUGAAGCAGCAAAUAAUAUGCAGGCAGCUAUUUUAUUAGCAGAUAUUGAACAAACUUUUGAAAUUGUAACUAUGUUUUUGGCAGAUUAUUUUUUUAUAAUAGAUAAAUUAAUACGUAUUUUUCAAUCAGACUAUAUUUUAUUUACAGAUAUUAAACAACAUAUUACAAUGGCAUGCAAUGCAUUACAAGCUCAAUUUAUUGGUAACAAUAAUGUUUUACCUACUUAUAGACAAAAUUUACUUAAAUAUAUAGAAGAAAAUAAUCUAGAUACUAGUCAAUUUCCUACCUUUAUCUCUGAAUUUGCAUCUGCCACAAUAACAAGUCUAAAUAAUUGUUUUCCAAAUCGAGAACUUUAUGAAGCUAUAAAAAUAUAUGAUCCAAAACAGUUACCAAUAUCUGAUAAUGAUUUAGCAAACUAUAGUAACGAAGCAAUUAAUAUUUUUAGUAAUUUUUAUAAAACAGAAAAAAUUAUUAAUAAUCAACAAUUUAUACCACUAUUAGAAAAAAAAGAUUUAAUUAAUGAGUGGGGAAUGGUUAAAUUUUUUCUUAAAAAUUAUCAUUCUAUUAAAUUUGUUGAUACAUGGAACCUUAUUUUUUCACAAACUACAUUUAUUUAUGAUUUUCCUACUAUUUCUACUUUAAUUCAAAUUGCUUUGCUUAUUUCUGUUUCUAAUGCAACUGUUGAACAA